CAUUGGGCUCGCCCUUGCUGUUGAUAUCGGUGACAGCAGCGGUAACUGCAGAUAGCUAGAUAACAGCAUGGACUAUUCUAGUCACUCAAAGUCACUGUACGAGAAAUGAGUGCAUGAAACACUAUGGAGAAAGUUUAUGCAACGGCUUGAUCAAUUUCUGCAAAACUCUCCAUGUCCGUAUUUGGGAAUGAUCCAGGAAUUUCCCUUUUCAUGUUAUACAGAAUAGCUAACGCUGCGGAAUUUGUAGAGUAGAGUUGGUUAGCAACUUGCUAACGAACAGGACACACCACAUCAUACAGCAUAACUGCACCAACGAGGGUGUAAUUCACGAUAAAGAACUAUCCCAACCGACAUUUGAGCUGCAAGCAACUGCAGAUGUUGCCACCUGCUGGCCGGAGUACAUGAGCACAUCCAGGGCCGGCUGUGUGUAGCUCUUGGGGAUGGGUAAUGGUGUCCAGGACCAACGGGCAGCACACACACCGGGAGAAGUGUUGCCAUCGGCCUCCUCCAGUCAUUCCGAGCCAAGACCAUCUGUCCUCAACUCCCUCCUGUCGGGCGCUCUAGCGGGUGCUCUGGCCAAGACAGCUGUAGCCCCGUUGGACAGAACCAAGAUCAUCUUCCAAGUGUCUUCCGCAAGAUUUUCUGCCAAGGAGGCCUACAGGUUGAUCUACCGGACCUACCUGAAGGAUGGCUUCCUCAGCCUGUGGCGGGGGAACUCUGCCACCAUGGUGCGGGUCAUCCCCUACGCUGCCAUCCAGUUCUGUGCUCAUGAGCAGUACAAGAUAUUCCUGGGGGGAAUAUAUGGCUUCCAAGGGAAGGCCCUGCCUCCGAUACCACGGUUACUGGCUGGCUCCAUGGCAGGUACCACAGCAGCCAUGUUGACCUAUCCUUUGGACAUGGUACGUGCGAGGAUGGCAGUCACACCCAAAGAAAUGUACGGUAACAUAGUGCACGUGUUUGGACGGAUCUCCCGGGAGGAGGGCCUGAAGACGCUGUACAGAGGCUUCACCCCCACCAUCCUGGGCGUGGUGCCCUACGCAGGCAUCAGCUUCUUCACCUACGAGACCCUCAAGAAGGUGCACGCAGAGCGAAGCGGCCGCCCCCAGCCCUACUCCUACGAGCGGCUGGCGUUCGGCGCGUGCGCAGGGCUGCUGGGCCAGUCGGCGUCCUACCCCCUGGACGUGGUGCGGCGGCGCAUGCAGACGGCGGGCGUGACGGGCCACACCUACGGCACCAUCGCCGGCACCAUGCGGGAGAUCGUGGCGGAGGAGGGCGUGGUGCGGGGCCUCUACAAGGGCCUGAGCAUGAACUGGGUGAAGGGCCCCAUCGCCGUGGGCAUCAGCUUCACCACCUUCGACCUCACGCAGAUCCUCCUGAGGAAGCUGCAACAAAUGGGCUACACGUCCCGGUAAAACCCCUGGAGGGGGGCCAGUGAGGCGGCCGGGGGGGGGGGGGAUUCAAACACGCGCUGCCUCUGGAUGGUACGGCCGUGUGGCAGGCCGGUUGUUGGAGGCGUCGGCUGGAUGCAGGGGGCCGAUGGGUCACAAAGCCUCCCCGGACCGGCUGUCGUCCGCGAGCCCGCUGUGGGGCUCUGUCAUGUGCAAUAAUUUUAAAGUCGUCGGUUUCGUUUUUCAAAGAUGUGUUACUUUCUUGUGAAUCUGCCACCUCGACGAUGCCGAUAAACACAUUGCGCGUGUGUGUCUGUGCCACGCACCUACACUCUUUCUCGUGA